AUGUUGCAGUGCACUGAUGAGCUGCCACCACAGAUUGAGCUCCUAGACAGUGAAGAUGAAGAAGUUAUCCCACUGUUGGAUAAUUAUCAGGACUUACCUGCACAUGAGGAAUCCAACAAUGCAUGUUAUAUGGGGGGUGUGAAUGGAGGACUCAGCAUGGAUACUGGACAUCAUCAUCAAUUGGACAUCCUUGAGUGGGAUAAUGAGCCAGAAUUGACAGGAGCUAAGGAAGCCUUUGGACUGGAUGAUGCUGGUGUAGAGAAUGAGAUUCCUCCAGGCAUAUAUCAUGCAUAUUUUGACUCACAACAAUUGGUACAGUGCAUCACUCACUCUCUGACUUUCCUACAAAAUGUGCCAGAGGCACGACACUUUCUUGCACUAUGUGAUGCAGCAUCCUAG